AUGCCUGUAACAAUUCUUGGUACACAAAUCAUACUUUGGUGUUUUGAUAUACGAAAUAAUUCUAAAUUCAAAGUCAUUAUUGGAGAUAGUAAUGAUAUUGACGAUCUCAAGAAAGCCAUUAAAGAAAAAUGUGAAUAUGAUCAAAGUAUUUCCAAAGAAUUACUAAAUGACGAAUUAAAGGAUACAGCAAAAAUAAUUGGAGAAACUUUUCGUGGUGUCCAAGGAGGUAACAUUCGAGUUGUAGUUAGAGCUCCUGAUACUGAAAUAGCAAGUUUAACGUCUGGCAUAGCAGGACUCCAACUUCAAG